GGCCUCGCAAGUGUGCAGACAUCGGACACAGAUUGGGCAAAAACAUGACUCAUUUUCUCCAGUCUCCCUUGCUCAUAUCUGCUCUCACCUUCCCAAAGCGGCUUGUCGGAUCCUUCUCUCCCACUCUACUUCUUCACCGUCAUACAAGAACAAAACCCUUCUGCUCCGACAUGUCGGCCACGUCAUCAACUUCCCUAACUCACUGCAUCUCCUUGCCGACUCAACUCGGUCAACCCGUCCAAAUCGUUGCUGCCCCUGGCCUGUCCGAUUCCGAGUUCAGGAGUGCUAUUGAGUCAUCUUUAUUUAGACAAUGGUUAAAGAAUCUGGAGAGUGAAAGUGGGAUUUUGGCUAAUGGAGACAUGACUUUAACUCAUGUCCUUAUUCAGGGAGUUGAUAUGUUUGGAAAGCGCAUUGGCUUCCUUAAAUUCGAAGCUGAUAUUAUUGAUAAAGGAACGGGAAAGAAGGUUCCAGGUAUAGUAUUUGCACGAGGACCCGCUGUAGCCGUACUAAUUCUUUUGGAGUCAGAGGGCACGACAUAUGCUGUUCUCACUGAACAGGUUAGGGUCCCUACUGGGAGGCUUGUUCUGGAAUUGCCUGCGGGAAUGUUGGAUGAUGACAAGGGUGAUUUUGUUGGCACUGCAGUUCGUGAGGUUGAGGAGGAGAUCGGUAUUCACUUGAACCUAGAAGAGAUGGUUGACCUCACAGCCUUCCUUGAGCCAUCUACUGGAUUCAAAGUUUUUCCUUCUCCGGGAGGGUGUGAUGAAGAAAUUGGACUUUUUCUGUACAGAGGGCAUGUUGAUAAAAACAUUAUUACACAGCUGCAAGGAAAAGAAACAGGUCUUCAUGAACGUGGUGAGCUGAUCAAGGUUCGCGUCGUUCCUUUUGAGAAACUCUGGCGCAUGACACCUGAUGCAAAGACACUCAUGGCAGUUGCUAUCUAUGAAAUGGCUAAGAAAGAAGGAUUAUUACCACAGAAAUCUUAACCUGCCAGCAUCUAGUUACAGGCUUCCUUUUUUCUGGUUUGAUCAUUCAUUUUGAGAUCAUGGAAUCAUGGGUAACUAUUGUCCUAGAAAUCAAGUUAUUAUUUAGCCUGUAUAAAGAUGCGUAAAACUGUCCAAUGCAGCAUAGAUUGUGUAUUAACAUUGAAUUUAUCCAAUAAUAUUUCUAGUUCAUAGUCAUUGAGACA